AUGGUGGCAUGCAAAGCAUUUGCAACCCCCAUAUCCCUUGGUGAAAAACUAACCAAGGAAGAUGCUAGUCCCAAGGUUGUUGCUACUCGGUAUAGGAGUUUGGUUGGUAGCCUCAUGUACCUCACAACCACAAGGCCUGAUAUUAUGUAUGAUGUAAGCCUCAUCUCUCGGUUCAUGCAAAAUGCACAUGAGUCACAAUGGCAAGUUACUAAAAGAAUUUUGAGGUAUGUGAGUGGCACACAAAAUUUUGGCAUUCAGUAUUCUCCCAUUGACAAGUUUGAACUAGUUGGUUACUCCGAUUCAGAUUGGGUAGGUUCAGUGGUUGAUAUGAAAUCUACAUCUAGUUAUGUUAUUUCAUUUGGCUCUGGAGUUGUAUCUUCGAGUAGCAAGAAACAAGCAACAAUGGCUCUUUCUUCAGCAGAAGCGAAAUAUAUGGCAGCAUCAUCAACAAGUUCUCAAGCAGUAUAG